UUUGAUUCGGUUUUUCGAUCCGGUUCAAUUUUUACACCCCUAUAUACAUAUACAGAGAAGUGAAAGCUGAAGAAGCUAGAAAAACAACACAAAAAUGGAGGAAAUACUGCACAAAACGGUGACCAUCAACGGCAUAAAAAUGCACAUAGCUGAGAAAGGAGAAGGACCAGUAAUCCUAUUUCUCCAUGGAUUUCCAGAGCUUUGGUACACGUGGCGCCAUCAGAUUCUUGCAUUAAGCUCGUUAGGCUAUCGAGCCGUUGCACCAGAUCUUCGAGGCUAUGGUGAUACUGAAGCUCCACCUUCGAGCAGUAGCUACAGUUGUCUCCACAUAGUUGGUGACCUCUGGGCUCUAAUUGACCACCUUCGGGUGGACCGGGUUUUUGUUGUUGGCCAUGAUUGGGGUGCUAUUAUGGGGUGGUAUUUAUGUUUGUUCCGACCGGAUAAAGUUAGGGCAUUUUUUUGUCUUAGUGUUCCUUUUAGGCCAAGAAAUCCUAAGAUUAAGCCUCUCGAGAGCAUGCAGCUUCUCUUCGGAGAUGACUUCUACAUUUGCAGAUUUCAGGCACCGGGCGAAAUUGAAUCUGAAAUCGCAAAAUUUGGUGCAGCAGAAGUUAUUAAGAAAAUUUUGACAGAUAGAAAACCAGGUCCUUCUUGCUUGUCCAAAGAAAAUGCAUUUGGAAUAUGUAAAGAAAAUCCAAUUACAUUGCCCUCUUGGCUCACUGAAGCAGACAUUGAUUACUAUGCAAGCAAAUUUAAUGAGAAAGGCUUUACCGGAGCUCUGAACUACUACAGAGCUAUGGAUUUGAGUUGGGAGCUGACAGCACCAUGGACUGGAGAACCGGUGAAAGUCCCCGUCAAGUAUGUUGUCGGAGAAGUUGACAUGGUGUAUACCACUCCCGGGAUGAAGGAAUUUGUACACGGAGGUGGAUUCAAUUAUUAUGUGCCUUUACUUGACGAUGUUGUUGUCCUGGAAGGCGCUGGUCAUUUUAUCAACCAGGAAAAACCGGAAGAGAUCAACGAUCUUAUUUAUAAUUUCAUUAGCAACCACUAAUAGCUUCAUGAUCUCUUCUUUUCUGUUUAAUGUUCAACUAUGGCUUUUUUCUGUUUAAUGUUCAAUUAUGGCUUUUUUCUGUUUAAUGUUCAACUAUGGUUUGUAUCAACGUUCAAUGUAGUUGUGGCUACUUUAUACGUAUUCUACAAUGUUUCAUCUUCCAAAA